AUAUAAAUGCUUGUGCCCAACCUAUCCGCAGUUAAUCGACAGAUAAAGCGAGUAAAGAGAGGUUCUGGGAUUCUUAAUACGCUUAUAAAUAAACUUCCGAUAGAACUACACAUUCCUGGUUACAACUUUUGUGGACCAGGUACCAAGCUUGAAAAAAGGCUUGCUAGGGGUGAUACUGGCAUUAAUCCUUUGGAUAACGCAUGCCUCGCUCACGACAUAUCAUACAGUGACAGCUCUAAUAUAGAAGAUCGUCAUAAGGCAGACCGCAUCCUUGAACAACGUGCCUGGGAGAGGGUUAAAUCUAAGGACGCCAGUUUCGGGGAAAAGACUGCAGCGUGGGCUGUUGCCAAUGCAAUGAAAGUCAAAACUAAGCUAGGAAUGGGAUUACAGAAGAAGAAGAAGAAAUUUGUGAAACGUAAACGAGGUCAGGCUCUAAGUUUUAACCAAGCAGUACAAAAAGCUCGACAGGGUAUUCGGGGUAAACCAUCUAGUAACCUCGGUGAAGUAGUAAAGCAAGCUCUAUCAUCAAUAGGAACGAAAAGGAUAACUAGGCCACGAAAGCGGAUAAUUCCGAUUCCCAAAACUGGUGGAUUUCUUCCUCUCAUUCCUCUAUUUGCCGCAUUAGGUGCUCUUGGAAGUAUAGGCGGUGGAGCUGCUGGAAUAGCGAAAGCUGUGAACGAUGCGAAAGCCGCAAAGGAAAAAAUGGAGGAGGAAAAAAGACAUAAUCUGGUCAUGGAACAGGCUGCUCUUGGAAAAGGCUUAUAUCUGCGUCCUUAUAGGAAAGGAAUGGGGCUUUAUUUACCAUCAAAAAACUCCCAAUAAAGCUACCUCGUCGUGCACUGACUAA